CCGUCGAGGAAACAAUGUAAUAUCGUACGUGUACGCGCGUGUGUUUUUUUUCUGUACCCUAGAAAAGCUGUCUCUCGCUUCCCUGCGGUCGCUACUAAAGCUACAUACGGUGGAGUGUAAGCAUUUUUUGGCGUAGGCUCACCACCCUACAGGCAAUCAAGGAAUGGUGAAGGGAAAGUGCUACGAAAAGACAGAUAGAAUUACCCACAGGCCAAAGGUUGUGUGAUAGUGACUCGGAUUAAGCACGGCUGAAAGUGGUGUCCAGGGGUGGAUUCCUUUCUGGACCGAUGGAAUUCCACACUGCAAUUGCACAUUAGGGGUAGAAAGCGACAUCCGGAGAAACCAAUGUGUGACGACGGGGUUUUCCACCGGUCGCGUGGGAAUUUGAAUUGCUGUAUUGUUAGUGCUGCUGGUAGUGAGUGCUGGUACCGCUGAAAGUGACCAUCCGAAAUUUGUGCGUGCGUGACUAGCAGUGAAUUGGGAAAGGUCGAAAGUUGUCGCGUGUGGAGGGAAGAAAUACUCGUUAUUCAGUAUUAUUUCCGUAGAAUCAAUCCGCCACGUCCGGCUCAGCGGAAGUGAAAUAAGAAAAGCUAUCAAUCAUAAUCCCAGAUUAAAAAAACAAAACACGCGUUGCAUCGCGGCCGGCACCCCGCAGUGUAUCCAUGUACUCCGAAAGUCCACGGUUAGCGUAGGAUUACAGCGGCUUACAUAAUUGUACGCCGUCCGGUUUGUUGAGCCUAAUUAACUUGCUCAGUGGUGUUAAUUGGAUAAAAAUAUUGCCAACCUGCAAUGAUUCACAUCACAGACAACGUGGGUGAUAAGUCAGUGAGUGUUAACGGUAUAGAGGUUCCGUAACGAAAACCCAAGUGAUUCUGAUCCGACGUGAUUAUCCAAACGUGCGAAAGGUGCAAAAGCAGUGUAAAGCCACGAUCGAGUAGCAGGCGACGAGUUCGCCUCCUAAUGCGCGCCAAUUAGACACGGGAAUCAAUCGAAUGAGUGAAAGAGUGCGCACACAGUGAUUCCGAUUCCCCCUGAGCCGGGCUUAUCGUAUCGCUGGCAAAUUGAUAGGGAUUCAUCGGGUGUGAGUUUGUGUGUUUACCUUGCAGCUGGACAGGAUCGGCCGCGUUUCUAGACAGAUUCAGUUCACGAAAAGAUAGUGUCGAACACCGAUUUGCAAUCGAAAAACAAGUAUACAUUUCAAUAGGACCGAUGCAAUAGCGGAACCCGAGCGUGCCCAAGUGGAGCACGGAAAACCCCUACCGAACGACAGCGGCCGCUUGAUUGACACGGAAUGCUGUGGUACCGGUGAUUAUCACAUUUGACACCUGCGGGAAAUAUAGAGUUUCCAGCCAUCAAACCAGUCAGCAAGUAUUUGUUUAAAAAUAAAGCCCACCCCUCCUCGCGAUAGGUGGGGUUAAAGCGGUGACGUGAAAACUACCCGCGCGGGAAAUUCGUCGAAACGUGAAAUCGAUGCACGUCAGCCGCUUAAUUAGCACCUCUCGAAGUUCACUAGAAAGCACAUCCGCCCGCAGUCGUUCCGUAUCCGCUCCGGUCAUAAACAUAAAAAGUAAAUAUUAUUAUCAUGAGUGUUGCUGCAAGUGUUCACCGCCUGUUAAAAUAAUAUUGGUAAUACUCGUUAAUUCAUUGUAGCAAUUCUCAUCAGUGUGGUUGUCGUCGUCGUCCUUAUUGUCGUUGUACUUGCAGAAAGGCAGUGCAGUGCAGCCUAUUUCACUCUGUUUCUCUCUUCGUGUGCGUGUGUGUCAGUGUAUUGAUAUAUUCGUCUGUGUCUGUUCGUGCCCAUGUGAUCAACGAGCGGGCAAAGAAAAUAUCACCCCUCAUCGAGAGGCUCCGGCAAAUAUCUCCGGAUGCGGUGAAGCGGGGAUACUGUUGGAGGGAAAAAAUAAACUUUUACUCGACCUGCGAUAUAAUGAACGGCUGUUUGUACUGAGCUGAUUAAUCCGGUGGAAAAAUAUAAUCAAGCAAAUAUUAAAUAAUUUCAUCCGCACGUUUCUGCCGGUCACAGUGUUUGUGUUAAACCAGUGUAUUAUAACCACUCGCUCAAUCAAAAUAAAAUAUGUGGAGAAGAUUUUCGACUGUGUAUUGAUGUCUCUGUAAACUUUGUCAGUGAGUUUAUGACGCUGUCUGCCAUCAAGUAAAACAGGAUGGAGUUCCGGAAAUGUUUCGUGGUGUCGCUGCUGCUGCCGCUACUACUACUUCUUGGUGGCGGGACGCGGCCGGUAAACAGCGAGGCUUUUAAAUCAGAUGUUCCAGUGCACGUGGAGAAAGUGCUGGUGAAUGAUACCGCCCAAAUCAAGUGUGACGUAUCGUCCAAUCUGCCAAACGACCGAAUACUCCUGGUCGUGUGGUACAAGGACAACGUGCCCAUCUACAGUUACGAUACGCGAGUAAAAAAAAGCGAACUACCGUCACACUGGAGGGACGGCUCCAUACUGGAGGAUCGUGCCAACUUCAAACCGUUGCGGGACAAGAGUCGGGCGGAGUUGGUCAUCAGUCCGGUGCUGAAAAAAGACGCCGGAGUGUUCCGAUGUAGAGUAGAUUUUUUACUAUCACCAACAAAAAAUAGCAAUGUUAACCUAGAAAUAGUGGUGCCUCCGGAGGUGCCAAAAAUCCACGACUCUAACGGAUUUGAGCUGUCCGCUCACGCCGGCCCGUAUGAAGAAGGAGGCAUCCUGGAGCUUACCUGCAUCGUGACGGGAGGAAUCCCAACACCCAAGAUCGUCUGGUCGAGUAACGGCAAAAUCUUGCCCAGCACGAUGAUGGAACACGGGCACGAGGCGACGCUUAGCAGCAAGCUGGUAGUGCGGAACUUAUCGCGCGAUCAUCAGCACAGUGUGUACAGCUGUCAGGCGAGCAACUUCUUCAAACGUAACGUCACCAGCAACGUUACGAUUGAGCUGCGAUUGCGUCCCCUGGCGGUGGAAAUCAUCAACGGCAGCACGCCUCUAUCGUCAGACCGUCGGUACAUUAUCCAGUGCCAAUCUAGUGGUUCGAGACCACCGGCUAAAAUUACCUGGUGGAAGGAAGGGGAGCAGCUGACUGCGACAAACCAAACGACGUCCGACGAUGGAAACAUCACCCUGUCGUCCUUAAGUUUCACGCCAACACGCGACGACCACGGGAAGGCUCUCAUCUGUCGGGCCACCAAUGAACUCGUCAAACGGGGGACGAAGGAAGCCUCCACCAAGCUGAACGUUUUCUAUCUGCCCACGCUCAAACUGGAACUGGGGACGAAUAUGAACCCGGAAGACAUCGAGGAAGGAGAUGACGUGUACUUUGAAUGUAAAGUGAAUGCAAAUCCGUCUGCAUACAAAGUGGUGUGGAAGCAUAAUGACCAAGUGGUGCAGCACAACUCCAAGACCGGUGUGAUAAUGAGCAGCACGGCCCUGGCGCUGCAGGCCGUCACCAGGCACCAGGCCGGCAACUACACCUGUAUUGCGUCCAACGUCGAAGGUGACGGCGAAAGUAACACCGUGGAUCUGAAAGUUAUGUACAAACCCAUCUGCCUGCCGGAUCAAAAGAAAAUCUACGGUGUGGCACGCAACGAGGCAGCGGAAAUUCUCUGCCAUGUCGAUGCAUAUCCGCCUCCGGAAUCGUUCAAGUGGUCCUUCAAUAACACGGCAGAAACCAUCGACAUGCCGCAAAGUGGAUACCGGGUACAUACCGAACAGGCCUCCUCUCUAACGUACACACCGGUGAAGGAGCUGGACUAUGGUACCAUCAUGUGCUGGGCGGACAACGCCGUCGGACAGCAGCGGGAGCCGUGCGUAUUCCAUUUGAUUGCCGCCGGAAAGCCAGAGAUGCCGUACAACUGUUCGCUAGUCAACCAGACGUCCGAAUCGCUGGAGGUGGACUGCACCGAAGGUUUCGACGGAGGUCAGCGGCAGUGGUUCGUGAUGGAGAUCUAUGACCAGCAGUCGCACAUGCUGCUGGCCAACGUGUCAUCCCGGAUACCGACGUUUACCGUCGGUGGGCUGGAUUCGGGCCGGUUGCUGAAAAUCGUCAUUUAUGCAACCAAUAUGCGUGGCCGCAGUGAGCCGAUCCUGAUGCAUGCCUACACGUUGAAGCCGGCGGAAAAGCAAACAGGUCCGCACGCCGAGUUUGAACUGUCGCCGGUGCUAUCGAUCGCAAUAUUUAUUGGCAUUCUAACGGCGAUAAUCUGCAUAGUAAUCGCGGUGGCCGCGGCCGUUAAACUCCGCACCAGUCAGGCGUCCAAGGCUCACCACACGGGCAGCGGUGGCGUACUCGGAAAGCGGCCCGGUAAUCUGCCAAUUAAGGAGAAAAUCUCGUUACCGCUUAGUCAGUCGGAGGACAUGUACGACGAGAAAAAUCCGGACGUGGUUCCCACCAACGAGGAUCCCGAUUACAAACUGAUAUCCGCCAACCAGACCCCGACGGCGCUGCAUAAUUCAUUAUGCAACAGCAAACAUGACAUUAUCGGGCGCACGAUAUUGGACGAUAGCCGGAAAUCGUAUCUGACCGGGCAGUCCUCUAACGAAGUUCACUAUGCUGAAUUAGCACUGGCCAUACCUCACGAUGACAAUAGCAAUAAAAAUCAUCUCAAUCAUCUGAAAAAGCUACCGCCCCCUCCGGCGUACAACUAUUUCGACGAGCCGACGAUCUACGCCCAGAUAGACCACGGCAGUGGCUUCAAAACGACAUCCACGUCGGCAUUUCCGCUGAUAUCGCCGGCGUCCCAGGUGCCAGCUCAGCCGGUCCUAAAUCAGUCACAAUUAACGUUACAGCUGCAGCACCAGGAUCAUCAAAGUCAACAGCAGCAGCAGCAGCAGCAGCAACAUACCCCGGCGUCGCUGCCGAACCAUCACCAGCAGACUACACCGACCUCGUUGCAGCAACUGCAUCAGUUGCACCACCAACAGCAGCAACAACAGCAGCAGCAGCCACAGCAGCAGCAACAACAACAACAACUGCCUAAUAAUAAUAAACAAUACCUGCGUGAAAUAGUGACAGUACGGACGCCACUGGCGUUCUCACAGCAAGAGAGUUGUGUUUAAUUAAAAUUUACUUCCAAACGACCAGAAACGGUUGGCCACCACCUGUAUGUAAUGUAUAUGUGUAUAUGUACACGCACCAGAAUGUAGGUUAUUUGAAAAAAACAAACCACUCGUGCACCGAAGGGAAACGUUAGCUGACGCUGACGCACAUCCGGCAGAACGAAGAGGCCGCACCCGACCCAUCUGAGAGUGUUGUUAGGUAUCGUGUGAAAAUUUGAGUGUUUCCCGCUGCUUUGCAGUAGAGGGGAGAUUUACAGUUAGUAACAUGUUUCCAAUUGAUUUAACAUAUUUCAUAAAAUGACUGUGAAGUUAGUCGUCAAGUAACUUCUAUUUUCUGUUUGUUUUGCGCUUGAUUACGAAUAUCGAUUUUCAGUGUUAUUCCAAUUGACAAAAAAUGUACGGUUUUUUCGUCUCAGUAGAGGCACUUUUACAGUCAGAUUAGGUUCUUAUUGCAAAUAAUCAUAUCAGUCUCUCUCGCGCAACAUGUUUUGAAUCUAGGUGAAAGUCAGCCGAAGUGGCAAGCAAUGCCACUUUAAUGACAACAAAGACAUUUACAUGAUAAAAUUUGUUAUUAUUUGUUAUUUGACCAGCACCUAGAAAACUUUAUUUAGUGCAUUAUUCAAAAACUCUAGAAAAGAAAAUCCAAAUUUCAAUAAUUUUGGCAAGCAGACAGCCUAUCGUUCGUUAUUAUAUACCAAACCAAACGUUCAUUUUGGUUCCAACCAGCAUCAAAAGCGAAUGAGAAAACAGUCAUCGCAAAGAAUAGUGAAAUUAAACGGGUAGAUCAAACAGCAAUAAUUUGGGAAAUGUACCACGAUAGCACAUGCUCUUGUUUUUUCAACGUACACAAAAACACGCACACAUCAAUCGGAAAGCUCAGCGAAAAGCUGAAUGAUUACUGAAGCUCAAAUAAACGCUCUCCUCCCACGAUGAACCGUACGUGGCCAGCGAAGCCAAAGCGGUAAGCGAAUGUUUAACUAGUUUUCCCCUAUAUGCCGACCCGUUCUAGUGACCCAUUCCGGUGCUCAACCCGCGCCACUCGAUAUGAGGGAAAUUUAUCAACCAUUUGGGUGAGUCAUUGUCGCACUGUCAACGCUGCCGCCACCUUCCCCCCUACCACUCACUGAUGCUCCGAUAAUUAUUAAACGUCAGAGCGGAUGUCCUAAAUGUAUGCCCCGAAGUGGAAUAUUUGCCGCUUCCGCAAGUGUUUACGAUGUUGCCGUAAAUUCUGCUACUUCAGGUGCAAAUAUUAUGCAAGGCAGCCAACUGACAUAUUUUUAGGAAAAUCCCCUAUCAAAUGGAAAUUUAUACGAUCCAUUCGCUGCUGUAUAACACGCGUAUAUUUUUUCCCCUAUUCCUAUCGCGCUCACGCGAUGAAAAGCGAUAUCUGUUGGGGCCGUUUCUGUUGCCGCAAAGUAUAGGCUUCAUUUCCAAUCAAUCUGGUUUUCAAAUUCAUUCCAAACAAUUCAAGCGAAUAACUUUGCGAAAAUACGCACGGGGGGUUUUAUGACACCGCAAAAGCUCAUCUGGGGUGUCAAAUGAUGCGCCGAACGAACCCCUACACCCGGCACGUUCGACGAAGUAAUGAUCAUGAUACGAGGAAAUAACAUCAUCAGUGCAACUAGACUUUACCGAUGACCCUUUCGAUGAUAGGUUGAUAAAAACAGAGGAGCAACGAAAAAACGGUCAAAUCCUUGCGAAAGUUUCGGGUAAAUUAAAAAAUGCCAAAAGCUACGAAAGUGAAUUUUAUUUUAUCGCACAGCCAGUCGUAGAGAAUUGUAAAGCAUUGCUUAAUAAAUAUGUUCACAUGGGACAAUAAAAAUACAGAGCAAUUCCACGCAGAGUCAAUUAACCAUUGCCCAACUGCUUAACGGUCGAAAAAAUACUGCAGAAUUGGGGAUUCUCAAUAGGCGAGAGGGCAUAAAACUUUCGUAGUUACAUUCUGUUAUCACAAUUUUCUAACGCAUGCAAAGUAAUAUAAAAUUGUUCGUAAUGUUACUUCUAAUAUUAUUUCAAUGACGAAAUAUUGUUUUCAUUUUACACGAACGCAACAUUUCCGUUGCGUCGACACUUACUUCAGUGUCACCGGGAGAUGAAAAAAAGUAUAUAGAUACGUACCAAGAAUUUAGACAAUAUUUCACAAUAUUCAGUUGAUGCAGCUUUGGGUGAACCUUCUCAUUGAAACUCUUCGGAGCUGAAUUUGUGCAAGGAGCGAGAACAACGAUAACGAACGAUGAAUAUCGAAAAACAUUCAUCAUUUGACAGCUCGAUAUCGAUUUGGCAUUAACGCGAUAAGCUAGUGCUAGGCAGUUGGCUCUGAUGCGAUUUUAACCAGUUUAUGUACAGUUAUUUGCCUUUACUUUUGAAUACUUGGUGGAUUAUAUUCAUGACCAUUAUAAUUUGAAAUAAUGGGCGAUAGCUGUGGGCGAGACACUGUUAAUUUGACGCGAAAUGUUUAUAUUCCUUAAGAUUUCUAACGUUUGCAAAAAAAAUGACUUUUUCGGAUGAUAAAAAAUACUGAGACAAGUAAUUGAGUUUGAUAAAUUUCCCAUGGAAGGUAGUCAAGCUAGCGGACGAAAACAUUCGUGAAGCCAUGUUUUUGAGUUCUUUCUUCGUUUCAUUUAUCAAUUUCUUCUCAGUUUUUGCGACAAAAUUGUUGGAGUAGAUCUUACGCUUCAGGUUUGCCCAGAAAUUCUCGAUGAGACGCCGCAGGAGGCCGUUGGGCGGGUUCAGCAGCUUCGACUCCUCGAACGGACACCGCGUCUUCACCCUUAUGGUAUUUCUUGAUGAACGACGCAACUUCCGGCAGGCACUUCGUACCAUAAAUUUUCCCGUUCACGGCCAGUCCGGAGCGAAAGAAGAGCGGUUUUGACAUCCCCGAUUGUCAGCCACAGUAGUACCUUCUUGAGGAACUUCGUGUGUGAAAUAAACUUCACCUCGAAGCUCACUUCUUUCAUGGGGAAGUAAAAUACGAAGAGCCCUACCAGUCGUUGCCAUUCAUGGUGAGUUAGGUCUCGUCGUUCAUCAUCACCGCCACGUCACGAUUCGUCAUUUUCUGCACGCUGCGUUCAUGUCCGGCAGGUACUUUCUCACUGUUUGCUCGGUUGCACCGACCUCGCACACGCACGCAGCGAUGUAGCCAUUUUUCCCUCGAUCUUCCAAUUUAGCAUCCUUAGGCUUAGGCUUCUUGUCGCUCUGGGUCGUCAGCCGUCCGGAACCGGGCUUUCUUUCGAUGCUCUGAUAUUGCGGGGUACCGUUAUUUGAACGCGCUCUCUUCUGUACGGAAUAGCUUCACUGUUCUCACCAUCACGGUUAGAGUUCGACAGAUAAAGCUGUCGAUUUUUCUGCACACCCAUGGGUUACUUUGAUUGAUGCUGCAUGGGUAGUUUCGUCAGUGCGUGUGAAGGUAAACCCAUGAAAAAUAGGCAAUUUUUGUCCAUUUUUUCCAAUGCAAACGUCAUCUAGCUGGAAAUCUCAUUUGACGUAGAAUUCCGUCUUACGGCAACAACACAGGGGGUGCAAACUGAAAAAUGAUUUCCUUAUUUCUUGCAGCAAUCGAUUGAAAAAUUAGAUUUGCGUCCACAAAAAUGCGUAAAAAAUUGAUUUUGUGAUGAAAAACAACGCCUGAUAUUUGGCCUCACUUUCAGCUCUGACUGGUCAAAACAUGCAUUUAACAAGGCAAGCUUUUCAAUAGUACAAUAGCUAGGUACUAUUGAAAAACUUGCCUUGCUAAAUGCAUGUUUUAACCAGUCAGAGCUGAGAGCGAGGCCAAAUAUCAGGCGCUGCUCUCAUUCUCAGUCUAAACCAACCAAUCACGGCCCUAGUAACAAUCCUGAUUUUUUUAAAGUUUAAAGCCAAUACAUCAAAAACAGCGCUAUAAAAAUGUCAUUCUCCUGUCUACGAAGCCACUCCUCCACUGUGACUUUUUCGCGCAAGCCUGGUUUAAUAAUUACGUAAGCAUAUUUUUUCAUUUUCUCUUUUGAUUGUAAAGUAGUUAGUAUUUUUUGUCACUAACGUAUUGUUGUAUUCUCAGUUUUCUUCUUAGAGUUUAUUUUGACGUAGAAUCACGUCUUAAGGCAACAAAUAUUUGGGGUACAAUCAGGGCUGAAACAAGACCUUCUUCCUCAGUACAGCUGAGUUUUUCUCGCUAUAAUUCACAAAGACUCGAUUAUCGGAAGUUUUAUUCUCUGUUUCAUACAUAAAAGCAUACUAAUACAGAAAUUUAGUCUUCAUUGUAUAACCGAUUACUACAGUAAGAAGUCGCUUCACUUAUAGUGGAAACUGGCUUAAUUCGCAACCGACAGAGCAGCAGCUGAUUCAUGGUUACCAAUCAAAUAAUGAAUAAAGAGAAUUGAAGUAUAAUUACAACUGAAAGCUAACGCUUCACACCAUUAAAUUAAUCAACUCAAAUCAAGUGUAUUUCCAACGCUGCUAAAACUUCAUUGACCUGAACCGGACUGUCGUAAUUCUACGUUAACCUUGCGAUCCUGUCUUACAAACAACUUCGUCCACUAUUUUUUGAUCACGCUAAUACGGCUGUCGAGAACGGCAAAUCGAAUAUUUACCAAGUUGUAGCGCUAGUAUUAAUAGGAACCUAAUACCUAAUAAUUUUAUCCAUUUAUUCAAUAAACAUGUUUGUAUUUAGUAUUCACCCCGAGAUUGUAGAAAUAAUAAAUUGCUACAACUCCGUUUGCUAGUUUUCCUGAUAAAGUAUGAAACUAUCGUCACAGACUAACAGACGCAACACUGGAACCAUCUGAGUUUGAAGUCUACUUGACGGUUAAAAAGCCAACAAUUACGCAUAAAAACCCCAUAUCUUUUUGACAACCUUACUUCUUAAACAUAAGACAUUCAAAACUUAGUACUAACACAUAACAAAUCUUAUUACAGUCAGUGACAGUCUUAAUUCUUAACCAAAACUUAUGAAGCAGUCAAGGUUUAAAUGUAAAAUAAAUUAUAAAUAAAUAAGUAUGAGUAGUUCAGCUCGCUCUCCAAAUUCAAAGAAAUGAAAAUACUGGUUGAAUGUAGAGAUAAAUUUGGAAGAUGCUCAGUUCUAGCUUACGAACGACGGAGAACAUCGGCUUUAGAUCUCGAAAGCCUGGCUUGGGCACUAACGUUAAGCUGCUCCAACAGUGAACUACAGUCAGUCUCAGAUAAAUGGAGUUUAGCAACAAAUACAGCUUUCGAAUUUUUCCGUUUUUUUCCAACGUCGUAAAACAACAACACACAUUACAAAUUGCUGAUGCUGCCGGAAAGAUAGUUCAAAGUCAAGAUAAACGCCAAUAAACGCUUCGCGGCUAGAUUUAUGGUGAAACAAGAUGGGUAUGCACUAGAGAUGGUCGGGUUUGGCUUUUUUCAAACCCGUACCCGACCCGUACCCGAAUUUUUCUUUCGGUUGGAACCCGAGCCCGACCCGAACCCGAAACUUUUUCUUCGAUCAAACCCGAACCCGAAAAUUUUAUUUGUGAGGAACCCGAACCCGAAACUCUAAAACCCGAACCCGAGAUUUUUUCGGGGGUUGAUUUUUUGUACCAAUUUGAGGCUGCCAUGAAGCUUAAAGCUUCGAAUGGUAUUGGAAUGUUAGUGAUUUUUACUGUUGCGUGAAAUAGACAACAUUUUUUUUUUUUAUAUAUAUAUAUAGUCAGGUUUCGACCAUCUCUAGUAUGCACUACUCAACACUAAGGGUCAUUCGGUUGACAUCACACCACGUAACAAAUUGGGUCAGACGAUACUGUAGAAUGUCGCAAUCAGCCAAACUUGUCACUUCGGAAUACAUUUUGAAAUUAUUGGGACAUACGAGCAUGCAACUUCCGUAGAACCAGUUCGUAGCAUCGUUUAAGAAUGAAAUAGACAUGAUUGGCCAGAGAUUGCAUCCCUGAGGCAUACCGGAUUAGUUAGUAAAUUCCUGGGACAAAUAUGUGCCAAUUUUGACUUGCAAUGUUCUCUGUUUUACGUAAGAUUCCAGCCAACCACAGAGGCGAGCAGAGAAUCCAAGCUGUUUGAACUUUUUGAAAGCUAUGUGGUUGUCGAUACGAUCAAAAGCAGCCUUUAGACCGGUAUAAGUUACAUAAACCUGGUAAACCCGGGAUAUUUCGCCAAAACACAUAAAUAAAUCGAUGUUGCUGUGUUGAAAUGUAUCUACGACAAUUAAACAUGAAGGAAUCGCUAACUAUCAGGUCGAGCACAGCAUAGCACAAAGGGACGUUAUUCCUCCAUAGUUUUCCACUAACUGCUGCCUGAACACCGGUAACAUUAUCGAUUUUUUUUUUCAAUUCAGAAGGAAACUGAGCUUGCUGCAUCGACAGGUUCAGAGUCUUCAAAAAAGGGGCUUCAAUGGCAUGCACCUUUUCAUGAAAAUAGGUGGAAUAUCACCUGGCCCAAACGAGAAUGAGGUUUUCAGUUUGCGGAUUGCUUUUAAUAACAUGUUUUCCAAAAUUUGGAAGGUAUCCAAAUCGACUUCAGUUUACGGCUCUUUUUUAUGGUGAAGUGAUGUUCUACCUUCAACCAUGUUCCAGCAACCUUCAACAAAAUUUUCGAAUGUCUUCAAGUCAAUGAAACAACGAUCCUCUUCGAUGUUACCAAUAAUUUAAAAAAGAGAGCUGAAAGAGAAUUACGGCCUUUUCACGCGGGAAAGCAUUUCAAAUUUAUAAGGACGUAAAAAUAGACUUAGGUGAAAAUAAAACGAAGAAAACCUUCCUUAAUUAUUGAACAUUGUUUGACUAUAAUAGUGGUCAGUGGUUCUAAAUUUUCAGUAUUUACACGAAAAAUUGUGAUUUUUUGAAACGGAUAUAUGAUUAAUUUUGGUCUAAAGCGGAAGACGUAAUUGAAAUGAGGCCGAUAUUUUGUACCGUUUUCGAGUAAUGGUGAAAAAUAAACCGCGUAAAAUCAGACCUUAGUGUACUGAAAUUUACCAUUCACGUUAUCAAAUUGAUUAAGCUCAGUCGAGUGUGUUUUUCAAACCAAUUGCAAAUAAACACUUGCCAUAAGAGAGGCUGGGGUAAUUCUACGUUAACUUGCGGUCUUGUCUCCUAUACAGCCUCUUCAACUAUUUUACGUGUUACCGGUGGACAACAUUUUUCAAGGGAAGGAAAAUUUCAAGUUCAUCCAAGCUUGUAAAUGGCCACGGUUGAACAACUUUUCACUGCGAUAAUCGUCUUCUUUUGCUUCUGACGGUGGCAAGGCCACCACGACGCAUUGUUCUUUAAACGUAUUUUGACUUUUUUUCUAGAAAUGAGAAUUACGCACGUUGAGUGCGUAUAUUUUGUAAAUUACUUAUAUCAUUAUUUUAGUAAUAAUAUUUCUCAACAGAAAUGGAAUGAGGUAGACAGAUAUAAACUAAUAGCGAAUUUCUUUAUUCCACCAGCUCACCUCGUUUUGACCUGAAAGCGCACUAACUGCUGUCAAAACCCUUCUUUAUUCGCUCGAUAUUGACCGAGUUUUGACCUGGCGUGCUGCCCGAAGCGCACUGUAAAAUUUGACAGCUUCAACCCACCACCGCACGUGCUAAGUUCGUAAACAAUUAUCUGGCAUCUCUUUCUUACUUGUGUCUUAAAUGGCGAUGACGUUUCAUUAUUCCUCGGUAGUUUUGCCCGCACACAGUGGAAUAAAGAAAUUCGCUAUAAAUUAACAUCGCAAAACGAAUGACAGUCUCUUCGAUGCAGGAGUGUCAUUCGACCAUUUUUUUGUCUAUGUGCGAGAGUCGACGGUCGUUCUACAUUUACGAGCGAAAGCCUACUGCGGCGCACACUAACGAAGCGAAUAAAAUGAAAGCCUGUGUACAUCUGAAGAGCGAACGAUGAGAAUUUUCAAAUUUACAAAACUAUAGGGGUAUUCAACCCAUUUAGUUUAGCUUUUUUUCAGGAUAAAAAAACAGUAACAAUUUUCUGGCGUACACUGGGGUCGCUUUUUACGCGGUUGGUUGUACCGCAUUUAAAAGAUUAGAUUAGAUAUACCUAUAUUAAACUUAUUUGAUACCGCGUACAAAUAAUCUUCCGAAUCGAGUGAAAAUAAUCCGGUUUAUUGUAAAAAUAUCCCGUUUAAAAAAACGCAUAAAAACAACCCGCGUAAAAAGCGACCCCAGUGUAAUAGAAUUAACUCUCAUGCUCACGCAUUAGCCAAAAAAACAAUUCGUUUGACUUCCAAAAAACAAUUUUGUUGAUUUACAGUUCAUUAAGCAGCUGAGCAACUCUCGCUGAAACCGUCCCACUGGUGACAUGAGGUCUUUAAAAAAAGGAUGUUUUUGUGUCUAAAUGAUUGAAAGUAGUGAAAAAAUGAGCAAACCACUUUGGUUAGUUCAUAUUGAUGGACUCCUCGGGCACAAAUCGGUUAAACGGUUUUUAGAAAAAUUGAUUUUUGAGCAGUUCUUGAUCUUUUUAUUGAUUUAUUUCUCUUGAAUUUGUCAUUGAAACCCCCGCAACCAACACAUCGAUUUAAAGAGGAAUGAUAGAGCUUUCAUUUGAAAUAGAAAAUAAUUGGCCGCCAUCUUGGAUUUCAUCAGAAAAACUUGUUUUUGAGCAAGUUUGCAACCACCGAUUUUAAAUUUGAGAUCACCAUUGGAAAGCUGAGAAAAAAUGCUUUAAGACACAUUCAAAACAUUAGAUGAGCAUUGAGUGUACCUUGUCAUUCUGGUCAGUUUUCGAAAUCAAGCUCUCUGGCGUGAGGUUUCCAUCAAUUAAAUUACUGGGAAGGUUAUUUUACCAAAGACCUAUAUCCAAUCACCCUCUACUAUUGUGUCCCGUUCCUAGCAUGUCACAAUCAACCACACACACUAUCUUGAGAGAGUUAUUUUUGUAACUGAGAGAUUAUGUCUCUUUACAUGCUUCACAUAGCAACUCACUAUAUCCACGGCUUGGGAACACUCGAGACGCUCAGUUGGUGGCGAACCCCCACCGAAUGCGUUGGACGGAAAAGCUCUGUUUUGCUGAGCUUACAUUCUCUAGGACAGAAACUGAAACAAGGGAAGAUGGUGUCAAAAAUCGGAGUCAAAAAAACUCGUGCAUUUCUACUAUGGUUUUAUUUGCAACUAAUGCUGCAAUUUGCAACCUCUUUAUUCAAAAUACUUGGUGAUUCCAAUUCAUAAAUUCUAAGCGUGAAAGAGUAUUCCUAACUGACUUUCAACUGGUUCCUACAUCCUCGCUCAAUGCAACGAAAGUUCAGCGAAACGUUUCCCUUCUACGAUUGUAAAAAAAAAACAACUUUUAGAUAAACAUAAAAAAUGCAAACAAAACCGAAUUGAUUGAAAAACACUCAAGAAAAACAGAAAUAAUGGAAAUUGACAGAGGCGGAGACACUAACAAAGUGAAAUGUAAACCAAUAAUUAAAUGCCACUUCAUGGUUUAAUCGAAACGAACACUAACACAGUGAAGCAAAACGCAGUCUUCGACCAUAUAAAUAUAGUUUAUUCUUCGGAACUUUUUGUUUCAUUUUACGUCACUCCGGAAAAAAGCACUCGCUCUAUUUGUUCGUAUAGCUAACGGAAAUGAAUUCCACAUAUUGAAACCAUUCAAAGCCAGAUUCAUGUGUAGUAAUUUUUCGACAUAUGUGUGUGUAUUUCAAGUCCACGAAUUAUUCAAUUCGCUAACAAUUCUAUCUGAAAAAAAACAUAAUUUGAAGCACUUGCCAUCAACGACAAACAAAUGAACCAAAACAUACCUGAAUCCUCUCGCGUUGUACAGCAAACAAACAAAAACACCUAGAAGAGGGACGGAAACAAGCAAGCAAAGAAGCCAGUAAUUGACAGUUUUAUAGGUUAGUUAGUUUAGGGAAAUUCUGUACAUAUGAAAAAUCACAACUUUGAAAUCAUCCACUAGCAGCACCUUCAGAGGAAAAUCUGGUGACUCUUUCCCCAAACUGAAGUUGUUUCCACGAUGAUGAUGUGUACUGUAACCGGUGGCAUUGAUCAACCUAGUCAAUAAGUAGAGAGAAGUCGAACAUGUAAUAAGAAAAAACAACACACACACAAUACACAAAUCUGUGAAACUCCAUAGAAUUUAGGAUAGCUCGAAUCGGUUCUAAGACUACAACUUUGUGAAUCCAACAGCAAAGAUCGCGCUGUCUCAUGGUAAUACAAAUCAAAUUAAGAAAAAAAAGUACAUUGUUUAUUAUUGUAAUGAAAAAGAAUCUAUGAGAAGAGAAAAAAGUUCUUUCCCGUUUGUUUCCGUAAUUUAUAUUAAAUGAUUAUAAGGAAUAAAAUCAACGACACGAUUCUGUACAUACAACGGCAUCACAGCUACUUGUGGUAAGUUAAUCAUUAACUAUUCUAGGGAAAACAGGAUUACGGACGAUUUUUAUAUCGAUUGUAUUCAGAGACGAAGUUCAGGAUGCGAGCGGGAGCGCAAACGUUUUACUAGUUAUCAUUUUAUAAAGAAUUUAAUUUUCUACGACAGAUAAAGAAGUAAAAAAAACAAAGGAAUCUACAUAGCAAGUAAAGAUGUUACUGAAUUAGUUUUAAUCAGUUUCAAUAAAAGCGAAAUUUUUUCUAUA